AUGGCUAAAGCGGACACGAAGAAGGUUGUAAAAUCAGCAGAGAAACCCAAAGUGAAGAGAGCUCGCGAUGAUACUGCUGCCGGCGAGCCAGCCAAGGCCACGACACCCGCAAAGAAGGUUAAAAAGGCCGAGGCCUCACCCGCCGCGAAGGCAGUCGUGAAGAAGGUCGAGAAGAAGGCCACGCCAGUGGCGAAGAAGGCUCCUGCCCCUAAGGCAGCAGCCAAGCCUGCAGCGAAGCCUGCCGUCAAGGCCGCAGCGAAGAAGCCGCCGCCGAAGAAGGCCGCUAAGGAGAGCAGCGACAGCGAGGACGAGGACGAGAGCGAGAGCGAGGAGGAGGCUCCUGCCGUUAAAGCCCCUGCUAAGCCCGCCGCUGCCAAGCCUGCCGACGACGAUGACGACAGCGAGGAAGAGUCUUCCGAAGAGGAAUCUUCAGAAGAGGAGGCUCCCGCUGCCAAGGCUCCUGCUGCUAAGAGGGACUCUGACACCCUCAGCGGGGAAGAGUCUUCCGAAGAGGAAUCUUCGGAAGAGGAGGCCAAGGCUCCUGCUGCUAAGAGGGACUCUGACACCCUCAGCGGGGAAGAGUCUUCCGAAGAGGAAUCUUCCGAGGAGGAAGCGAAGCCCGCUGCUGCCGCUGUGAACGGCGCUAAACCCAUGGAAGAGGACAGCGACGACGAGGAUGAUAGCGAGGAGGACUCUGACGAGGACGAGAAGCAGCCUGCAGCCGCUGCGAAGAAGCCUCCCGCCAAGGCAGAAGAGAGUGACGAGGAGGACGAUAGCGAGGAUGAGGAUGAGAGCGACGAUGAUGAGGAGGAUGAGAAGGAGAAGGCUGCUGCGGCUAAGAAGGCGCCUGCUGCUGCUGCUGCUGCCAAGAAGGACGACGACGAUGAUGAUGAUGAUGACGAGGAUGAGGAUGAUGAGGAGAGCGACGAGGAUGAUGAUGAGGAGGAGGAGGAAGAGGAGAAGCCUGCCAAGAAGGUCAAGGCUGAGACCCCAGUGAAGGCCGCCGCGCCCGCCGCGAAGGCAGCGCCCGCCACGCCGCAGACCCCGGGAGGCGAGGAGAUCACGACGGUCUUCGUGAAGAACCUCCCCUUCUCCGCCGACCAGGACACCAUCGCGGAGUUCUUCGCGGAGUGCGGGGAGGUGUCAGACGUGCGCAUCGCCAUGGACAAGGAGUCGGGCCGCCCGCGCGGGUUCUGCCACGUGGAGUUCGCCACCGCUGAGGCCGCCACCAAGGCGCUGGACAAGAGCGGGCAGGAGCUGAUGGGGCGCGCGCUCUUCUGCGACCUCGCGGGUGGCCCAGGCGGCGCAGGCGGAGCGCGUGGCGGGCGCACCCCGCAGUCUGGCGGCGGCCGAUUUGGUGGCCGAGGUGGUGGCGGGGGGUUUGGCGGCGGAGGAGGGUUUGAGCGCGCUCCACGUGACGACAGCAACACAGUGUUUGUGAAGAACUUUGACCGCUACCAGGAUGAGGACACGAUCCGUGGGCAGCUGUCGGAGGUGUUCAGCGACUGUGGCAACGUGGUGGGCGUGCGCAUCCCCACUGACCGCGAGACUGGCGGCAUCAAGGGCUUUGCGUUUGUGCAGUUUGACUCAGCAGAUGCGGUGGCCAAGGCGGGCGAGCUCAACGGCACGGACUGCGGAGGGCGCUCGCUCGUGGUUGACACCUCUGCUGGUGGCGGUGGCGGCGGUGGCAGGGGCGGUGGUGACAGGGGAGGGUUCAGGGGGCGGGGCGACCGGGGCGGUGGCUUCAGAGGCCGGGGCGGCGACAGGGGAGGAUUCCGGGGCAGGGGCGGUGACCGAGGAGGUCGGGGUGGUCGUGGCCCGCCCCGUGCCAAGAUCAACCUUGCUGCACCAGGCACAGGCAAGAAGACCACUUUUGAUGACUGA